UGACAGUGGUCUUGUUGAUGUUUAGGGUGCAUUCAAAUAAUUUUUAUAUAAUAUGUAAAUAAAAACAACGCACCAGAACGUGAACGAACUUAAAUUACGAAGUGUGUCGUAGCGUAACUGUAUUUUUUAGGUGUUUCAAAAAUGUCGAGGCAAUUAAGUCAGACAGAGCGAAAACUCGCCGAAAAACUAAUUAUCCUAAACGAUAGGGGCGUGGGAAUGCUCACAAGGAUAUACAACAUAAAAAAGGCUUGCGGGGACGCGAAAUCCAAACCCAGUUUUUUGUCAGACAAGAAUUUGGAGUCUGCCAUCAAAAGUAUAGUUAGGCGUUUCCCUAACUUGGACGUUAAAAGUUUGACACCCAUUCAGAACUUGCGGAAUGAAAUUAUUAAGUCGUUGUCUUUGUAUUACUAUACGUUCGUCGAUUUGUUGGAUUUUAAGGAUCACGUUUGUGAACUUUUGACUACAAUGGAUGCCUACCAGGUGGAACUUGAUAUUUCAGUUAAUUUUGAAUUGACCAAAAAUUAUUUGGAUUUAGUGACGACAUAUGUGUCUCUUAUGGUACUACUAUCACGAGUAGAGGACCGCAAGGCGGUGUUGGGCUUGUUUAAUGCCGCUUAUGAAAUAGUUCAUGGCUCCCAAGAUACGAGUUUUCCAAGACUUGGUAGUAUGAUUGUGGAUUAUGACAUACCUUUCAAGAAACUUUGCGAAGAGUUUGUGCCUCAUUCUAGGCUCUUGAGUCAAGCUCUUUAUUCAUUAAUAGUGAUUUAUGUGCCAAGAAAUGUUCUGGCCGACAAAUGGAGGGCAGAACAAAAACUCAGUUUGGUAGGGAACCCCGCUAAUUUAUUAAAACCCGUACUGUCUGAAAGGAUGUCAUGUGAGUUUUUAUCAAUGGACACAAUGGAAAGGUGGAUUAUUUUCGGAAUUUUAUUAAUGCAUACCGUUCUAUUAGACACAAAACAAGACCAUUUUAACAGGUUGUUAUUGAACGCUUUAGAAAGUUUAUGGGUAUUGCCCCUAUUCCGCGAUGAAGUUUUGCAUAUUCACCAGUACAUAUGGUCAUUCUUGGAUAGCCUUAAAGGUUACGGCAAGCGCAUUUCAGAAAUCAAAGACUCCUACAAUCAGGCCGUACAAAAAGCGGGCUACAAACACCGGGAAAGACGGAAAUUUUUGAGGACUGCCCUCAAAGAAUUGGGCCUUAUUUUUAUGGACCAACCGGGCCUACUUGGACCCAAGGGUCUUAUGAUUUUUAUGGGAUUGUGCUAUGCUAGAGAUGAAGUUCUGUGGUUAUUGAGGCACAAUGACAAUCUACCCCAACACAAAGGCAAAGGUAAAACUACCGAAGACUUGGUCGAUCGACAUCUGCCCGAACUCUUAUUCCACAUGGAAGACCUACGGGUGUUGGUAAGAAAGUACAGCCAGGUGAUGCAACGAUACUACGUCCAGUAUCUCUCGCACUGGGACUCAAUUACCUUGAAGGAGCACAUGCAAAAGCUGCAGAGCUGCCCGGAAGACGAGGGCAUAAUUCUCUCUUCCCUCUGCAAUACGAUUUCGGGCCUGUCGGUGAAACAGGUUGAGGAAAACGAAACUUUCAACUUUUUUGCGUUUCGCCUGGAUUGGUUCAGGCUGCAGGCCUACACGUCGACGCAACAGUCGAAGCUGAGACUGACCGACAACAAGUCUCUCGCCCAGCUCUUGGACAUGGUUCAAUUCCACACCAAAAUGGUCGAUAACCUGGACGAGAUGCUGCGCGAGACUUCGGACUUAUCUAUAUUCUGCUUCUACAAUCGGAUAUUCGAAGACCAGUUCCACAUGUGUCUGGAAUUCCCCGCUCAGAAUCGAUACAUCGUCGCGUUUCCGUCGAUAUGCAGUCAUUUCCAGCACUGCACCCACGAGCUGUGCCCGGAAGAACGGCACCAUAUAAGGGAGCGCAGCCUAUCAGUGGUCAACAUGUUCCUCGACGAGAUGGCGAAAGAGGCGAAAAACAUCAUCACCGCCAUAUGCGACGCGCAGUGCAAAAUGAGCGACAAACUGUUGGCGAAGAACUGCGCACACCUCAUCUCCCAACAGAUCAACCGGAAGAAGAAAGAGAAGAACAAGAAGAACGCGAUCGAGUUCGAGAAGCCGGGCAUCGAGAGUUACAGGAAGACGCGCGAAAACUUGACCACCAUGGACAAACUGCACAUGGCCCUGACCGAGUUGUGUUACGCGAUCAACUACUUCUCGAACAUCAACGUUUGGGAGUAUACGUUCGCGCCUAGGGAGUACCUCCAUCAGCAUCUGGAGAACAGGUUCGCCAAAGCGCUGGUCGGCAUGGUCAUGUACAAUUCCGAUACCAACGAAAUCGCCAAGCCCUCGGAAUUGCUGGUGUGCGUCAGGUCUUAUAUGAACGUCCUGCAGACGGUCGAGAACUACGUGCACAUCGAUAUCACGCGCGUCUUCAACAACUGCCUGCUACAGCAGACCCAAGCGAUGGACAGCCACGGCGAGAAAACCAUAGCAUCGAUCUACACCCAGUGGUAUUCGGAGGUGUUGCUCAGACGCGUCAGCGCCGGCAACAUUAUAUUCUCGACGAACCAACGCUCGUUCGUCAGCUUGACGGUAGAGGGCAACAUUCCUUUCAAUCCUGAGGAAUACUCGGACGUGAAUGAACUCAGAGCGCUGGCAGAGCUGAUCGGGCCGUACGGCAUGAAACAGCUCAGCGAGACGCUGAUGUGGCACAUCGCCAGCCAGGUGGUGGAGCUCAAGAAGCUCGCGGAAAUCAACAAGGACGUGUUGCUCACACUGAGGACGAACUUCGACAAGCCGGAAGUGAUGAAGGAGCAAUUCAAACGGUUGACGAACGUCGACAAUGUGUUGCAGCGCAUGACGAUCGUCGGCGUGAUCCUCAGCUUCCGCCAGUUGGCGCAGUCGUGUCUGACCGACGUCUUGGAGGAGAGGAUACCGUUUUUGCUCAGCUCGAUUUUAGAUUUCCGCCAUCAUUUGCCGAGCGGCGAUCCGAUGAAAAUCGUUAGCGAGAUGACCUCGGCGGCCGGUCUCCCGUGCAAAGUCGAUCCCACGCUGAUAUCCGCGUUGAAACUGCAGAAACCGGAAGCCGAGGGCGACAACGAACACCUGUUGGUGUGUCUGCUGAUGGUUUUCGUCGCCGUGUCGAUACCGAAACUCGCGAGGUCCGACCAGUCGUUCUAUAGGCCCUCCCUCGAGGGUCACACCAACAACAUCCACUGCAUGGCGCUCGCGGUUAAUUAUAUUUUCGGCGCCCUGUUCACCAUCUGCGGCCAAGAGGACAUCGAGGAUCGCAUGAAGGAGUUCCUGGCGCUCGCUUCCUCCAGUUUGCUGAGGUUGGGCCAGGAGGCGGACAAGGACGCGGUCAAGAACAGGGAGUCGGUGUACCUGUUGUUAGACCAGAUCGUGCAGGAGUCGCCGUUUUUGACCAUGGACUUGUUGGAGUCAUGUUUUCCAUACGCCCUUAUCCGGAACGCCUACCACGACGUUUACAAGCUCGAACAGAAUAUGUGAAGUGUCACUUAGAGGGUGAGCCGUUCAAAUCAAAAUUGAAACAUUCGAGGAGUGCGGGUCGAUUAAAACCGAAACGCCGCCUGGGGAUCUGUGACGUCACGAGCGCCCCGAGAGGACUGUAUAUCCUCGGUUGUAAACGUUAAAGGUUCUAUCUACUUCCGACGAUACGCUAUAUUAGUGAUGAGGUAGCUUCGGCCAUUUUCAUUAGUGGCUGCCAACAUUUGGGAUCCAGUAAAACCGAUUUGCUACAAUGUUUUUAAGGGUGUUUCAGUUUUUAUGCGUUUUUUUUUUUAAUUAUUAGAAUCUAUUAUUAUUAUUUAUUGUAUUAGUGGUUUAUUAUAACGAUGUCAUUAUGAAAUAAUCUGUCCUGAUAAUUUGCUGAAAACUCAUUGGACCUAUUAAAAUUUGUUGUUGAAUUUCCAAUUCGAACAUUUUUAAAUCAGUAAUUGCGUAGCACACCAUUGAUAAAUAUAAAUAAAAUCAUGAAAAACCACACAAAAAUUGAAACAACAGUUUGUUCGGAGUCCCAAACUUCGACAGCCGACGUCGCACUAACAUAGCGUAUAGCCCAAAAUGUCGCCGUGUUAAAUAGGUACAAUUACUGCAUUUACAGCACACCGUGCGAGCAAUAAGAAUAUAUUUUUUAAGUAAGUUUCAUAAAAACCGUAAUUUGUAAUAAACAAGCUAUCGUAUUAAGCGGUAAUCGUGUUAUUGUAUUUAAAUUUGUAGACACAUUUUGUUUUUUAUUAUUAUAGACUUUUGUUUUUAUCGUUUUAAUGAUUUUAGUUAUUCCAUCUUCAUUUUAGAUGAAUUUUGACCGCCUCCGGUCGAAUGACGAGCUGAAAUUUUAAUCCAAAGUAGUUCAAAUGUGCUAACCAAUAAAUGAGCUGCAUUUCAAAAGUUUGUUGAUUCUCUUAAAAGUAGUUCGAAUGUUCCGCGGCCGACUAACGUGCGUUACUAUUUUGCACCGUUUUUAAAACAAAUUCGAGGAAAUACCCACAAAAUGUCAAAUUAUCGAUUAAUUAUAAUUUUAAAUGUAUGCGAAUGCCUAAGUUAGCUUUGUACUUAUUGAUAUAUGUAUCUUGCCGGCUCGUGGCUCGAAAAUAAAA